AUGUGCGACUGCCCAACCAUUGGCUUCGUCGUCACAGUAGGCAUGGCGGUAUGUCGCGAGGCCAUCAACGACGAACGCACACUCACUUUCCGUAGAUCUUCUGCUGGCCGGCCUCGCUAUUAUGCUGCUGUUGCGCGACAGAUGCGGGAAAGAAGGUUCUCGGCCUGCCUGUUGAUACAGGCAACGCCAUCAGCAACGCGAUACCCAUAUAAGUCUGACCAGACUACACCGGCCACAUGGGAACCUCCGUUACACUGCCGGUGA